AUGACCGAGGCCAGGAUCAAGGGCCAUAAAGAUCGAAGCCAUGAUCGAUUCCCAGGAUCGAUGGCUGUCUCGGCAGUUUAUAAAACUGGGAAUUUUGUCCCAUUUGUCGUUUUUGACGAACUUGAGGUUGAGCAGAAGCGAAUUUUGGCAGAAUUUCAAGGAAAAAUAUUUAGCUUGAAAAAUUCAAACUCCGGCCUUGAAAAUCUGGAUAAUGAGGAGUUACGAGAGGAAGAUGUUGAGGUAGUAAUUAUGGAUAGGCUAAUGAAUUUUUGCAAGCAAAAUGGCGAUAGAAUUGAGGAUAUUAAGCCAGAGUUGGCAGAGGUUUUGGGUUUGUUUGAGGAAGUAGAGCCUAGUUUUGAAGAAAUUAAAGAUGCUUUUGAUAUGUUUGAUGAAAAUAGAGAUGGAUAUAUUGAUGCAAGUGAGUUGAUGAAAAUUAUUGGGAGAAUGGGUUUCUCUGAGUUUUCAAUGGAGGAUUGCAAAAAGAUGAUUAUGGCUUUUGAUGAAAACAGAGAUGGCAGAAUUGAAUUUAGUGAAUUUUUGAAGCUCAUAGAGCAGACCUUUCAGGAACCUGAUCAGAGCUAG